CACCCUUCAUUUAUCUGUUUAAAUACCCAAUAGGCAGUUGACAUAAUCUUGCUUAUCUGAGACAAACCCAAUACCCAAAAUUAGUCGGGUACUUUUAACCUACGUGAUAAAACAAAGUACUAUCUCUUUAGAGUUCAUGCGGACAGAAGACCGAUUAUCAGUUUCAUAAAACGUUAUACUAACUUUUAUCCGUGCGUUAUUGUUUCAUGUUGAUGACAAUUGUUUUUGGUUGAUUGGACUUACUAAUCAUGGCCUUUGCACAUCAAUAUACUCAUGCAGGUACAGCAUCAAUGCCAGGAUCACAGGUUAUGUUAUCAACAAAAUCACAUUCACCAACAGCGCCAUCUACCAUGGAGCAAGCUAGAGCAUUGUUGCACGAAUCAGGUCUUCCGUUAUUACACUUUUUGCCAAGAAUGAAUGGAUUACCAGAGUCCCUGUAUGGUCAAGGUCCAUUAACAUCAAACGGACUUGGUGUAGAGCCAUCAGCUUUCUAUCCAAUGGGAAGUCCACCAGGUCAUUUGACUGGUUCCCCGGAAUGGAAAGGAAUACCAGGACAAUCUCCAGUUGUUUAUCCGUUUGACCCAAUGCUAGCUUGCCAUCCCUAUGCUUCAUUCUAUGGUGGUCUUGAUCUCAAUAACGCCGCAAGAAGAAAGAACGCCACAAGAGAAACAACAAGUGCACUGAAAGCAUGGUUAUACGAGCAUCGUAAAAACCCAUAUCCCACAAAAGGUGAAAAGAUCAUGCUUGCAAUUAUUACAAAAAUGACACUAACUCAAGUUUCAACCUGGUUUGCAAACGCCAGACGGCGGCUUAAAAAAGAGAGUAAAACGGGAUGGAACGGAAAAGAUAGAGAUUUAGAUGACAGUGAUUUCGAAACAGAUGGCGAUGAAAGAACCAAUGAAAAUGAAGAUAAAUCGAAGAUGUCACCAAUAAGCUGUUCUGGGAAUGAUUCAGAUGACGAAGACAUUGAUAUAAAAGUAACCUCAGACAUUUCGGAUAUUUCAGACGCAGAAAUCGAAUUAGAAGACAGCAGAUCUAUCGGAAUGGGAAGUAGAAUAAGCAUACAUUCCGAACCACCCACUAAUUCCAUUCCGUCUUACCGUUGUGAAAACAGGCUAACAAAUUCGUCACCAGCAACGCGCAACGACUGUCCGACAGUUAACGUAGGUCAAAGUAAUUCAAAUGCGACUAAUACAAAACCAAAAAUUUGGUCUAUUGAAGAGAUCAUGAAUAAAGACUCCAACAAAGCAAAUACUUCUGGGCAUCAUCAUCAAACUCAUUCUCGGACUUUGGACAAUAUCGCCACCAUCAGUACUUUGCCAGAAAGAAUAAAUAAGCGACCUAGUUCGAUAGACAGUUCACAAAAUAGCAAAUACACAAUCAAUGGACUGAAAUCACAAUCAAACCAAACUGGAUUGAGAGCAAGAAUUGAAACAGUUGUAUCACCGAGUGACUCGGAUAAUGAUUCAUGACCCCUUACUAGGUCUUAAUAUUGAAUUUGUUUAAUUUAAAUUAUGCAAACAAGUGCAAAAUCUAUCAUGUGUACUAAUUAUUUAUUUGUGAAUAUAUGAUAACAUGUGUAAUGGUUAAGCACAUCUGUUGCAGGAUUGCUCGACAAUCUCGAAGUACCCAAAGCAAGUCACGUGUAAUAAGUGCUUCCUGUAUAUUUGGAUUAAAAACUUUAGACACAUAUCAAAAUGCUCUUUCAGAUAAUAAUUUAAGAUCUUUGUUUAUAUUUUUGUACUUUGAUAUUAUAUAUUUUUUGAUUAUGUAUUAAUAUUUUUGUAAUAAAACAGACAUUUUUCAAAUGA